GUCAAUCAGACGCUCUGCUUUCCAGAAGCCAGUGAAGAGUCCUAGAAUUAAUUUAAGUGCAAAUACCUUCGCUGAAAGGACGUUUUAACAAACGGUUAUCAUGGUGUGUGCGCCGUCUAGCUAAAAUCCACCCAGAACUGGCCAGCAUUUAACCCAGGGCAGACUCCUCGAAAAGCAGAGUAGGAUAGGCCUAUGGAUAAGGCGUCAGUGACAACAAGAGGCAUAAGUGAGAAAAUGUCAGUAGUGAGAUAUAUACUUUAUCAAGCUUAUCAUUAUACGUUUGCUGGAAUAAUAAACUCAUCAUUACUAGCCUUGCUUUCUCAAGUUUCAUGUGGAUUUAUGACAAGUGUAUGCAACUAUCUAGGCUAAAUAGGUAGUGUGUAAAACACCACUUGUCUUUGGAGUAUAGUUUCACGAUAUUGGAAAAUGUAGAGUUGUUGGGUAUACGGCCAAGAAACAGUUUAAAACAUACAACUCAUAUACAACUCCUACCCACUUGGAUUUUCAAUCUUUUUCGUGACCUAUUGACACUCAGAAGGCCUACAGUUCAGUAAGAGUCAAAAGGAUUUCGUGCCAAGAGUGCCAGACAUUCUGGGUGAUGGACAAUCCAAAUACUGUCCAAGAGGAUACCGUAAGGUCUUUUGCCAUAAACGGAAAAUUAUUUACAUUCUUACGCAGUUGAUGUGACAAGAAGUGCUUGGGAAUGUCACCAUUUGUAUAUAUAUUCUUAUAUAUCGAUUCGUAUAGUGUUGUAAACAGGAUCAUUCGCCAUCUUGGGAUAUAUGCCAGUGGUCCAUCGGAUUUCCCGCCAUCUCGCUAGCAGGAAGAUUGAUUUGCAAUGGACGCCAUUCCCGACGGGAAAACAAUACCGUCCCGUCGACAAAAUGAUGGUCUGUCUCCUCCGACAUACAAGGAGAAGGAAGUGAUGUUCUAUACAGGUUCGGUUGAUAAAUGGAGACUCUCCCUUCGGCAUCAUCUACGUCUCAGCCGAACCUAUUUAUCUUCCAUCGAAAACAGGGAGCUCGUCAUCAUCAGGAUGAUUAAUCAGUACCUUUGCAAGUAAAGCGAGACGAACGUAUCUUCCCCAAAGCGAAGCAUAAGAAUUCAGCCAAGAAUUAGAUACGUUUCGGUCUGAUAAACCCACCCACAGCAGAAACGGCUCAGGUCCCAGGACUUGGAAUAUGGCACCAGUAGAUCAACAAAAUGCUAAAGAACUAAAGCCGUUGCAAACCCUGGAGGAAUUACUUGAAUGGAAGCCAUCAACUGAUCACAUAGAUGAAAUAGUUAAUGGAAAAGCACUUCGUCCCCGCUACCCACCAUGUUCACCUGAGCAACUCAAAACCCUUAUUUGUCACGAUAUGAAAGGAGGGUACUUGGAUGAUAGGUUUUAUAGUGGUACCUGCAAUGAUGACUCUUAUCGAUUUUACCAUUGGUCGGGUGUGGACAUGUUUGUGUACUUUAGCCAUAAUUUAGUCACAAUCCCUCCUGCCUGUUGGGUCACAGCAGCUCAUCUUCAUGGAGUAAAGGUCUUAGGUACUUUCAUCACAGAAUGGAAAGAAGGAGCAGAGAUCUGCCAUGAAUUCCUUGCCAGUGAGAAUUCGGUGAAAAGAGUCGUAUCCCAACUUGUCAAAAUUGCAAGAUAUCACAAAUUUGAAGGCUGGCUGAUCAAUAUUGAAAAUGAAAUUGAACCAGACAAGGUGGAUGCCCUGGCUCUUUUUGUAAAAGAGCUGACAUUGUCAAUGAAGGAAGUGUCCCCUGAGUCAGUUGUCUUAUGGUAUGACAGUGUCACAAAAGAAGGAAAGCUAAAUUGGCAAAAUGAGUUAAAUGACGAGAAUAGGCUCUUUUUUGAUGUAUGUGAUGGAAUUUUCCUUAACUACACUUGGACCAACGAUCACUUACACCGAUCCUAUGAGGCUGCUGCAAGUAGAAACAGUGAUGUCUUUGUAGGAUUAGAUGUGUUUGGACGCAAUUUCUAUGAAGGAGGAAAAUUUAACACACAUAAAGCUUUAGAAUUAGCAAGAAAAAAUAAUUUGUCAGCUGCUAUAUUUGCUCAAGGAUGGACUCACGAAACUCAAGAAAACUUUGAAGAAGCCGAAGAUAAGUUGUGGCAAUUGCUGUCACCUUUUCUUUUUCACCAUGGACCAAAGUUUCUGCCUUUUAAAACUUCAUUCUGUCAAGGAAUAGGAAAAAAGAAAUUCAUCUCAGGCAAGUGUCGAGAAAAUACCAGCUGGUAUAACUUGUCUGGUCAGGAGUAUCAGCCUAUUUGGUCACAUGAAGGAGGCGCUUUAAUGAAACACACAACAGAUGAAGCCUUUACUGGAGGAGGAUGCCUGGAAAUAAGCACAUCGGUUCCAUCUACUACAAGAUUGUUUGUGUGUGAAAUUGAAUGGAAGAAAGCUCUGCAUAUAGCUGUAGUGUACAAGUGGCGUAAAAUAGCUGUGCCUCUGAGUUUAGUUCUUCAUUUAAGGAUAAACUCCAAAGAGAAGAAUUUAAAUGAUGAAAGAACAGUGCUGUUACCAUUAGAAGGAGGGGAUGCCGUAGAAAUAGAGUCAAAAUCAGGUGCAGUCAUACCUAAGGAAUUUCAACGCAAUAUUGAAAGCAUAGUCAGUGAUGAGGUUGAAUGCUGGGCUUCGAGUGGUUAUCCAGCAACAAGACCAACGGCUUUACGCGACUUCCGUAUCACGUCGAGAGUAAACUUCUAUCACCAGAAAUACAAGUCUCUGAUGCCUCAAUGGAAUGCCCGAGAAUUGAACUCGCAGCCACUGAGGUGGCCUGAAUCUACAGAAUCCCAGGUGGAGAAGGCAUUGUAUUACAAGGAAUUGAUAUGAAAGUAGACGGAACUUCCUCAAUACUUGUUGGGAUGAUAGAUAUUUCUGACAGAGGCCAACAAUAAAAAAAUCUCUCCUUAGUACCAGAGCUUGUUAGUUCUCGUCUUUGUGCCUUACUGUAUUAAAUUAUUUGUGUGGUGGUUUUCUCAUUGAAU